AUGGAUUCAAAUCAGGACCACAAGCUACAACUCAUGUGGCGUUACCUGAUACAACUCUGCGGUGUUCCGGGUUCGGAGGAUGGGGGUGCUGCCUCCUGGCCACGCCUCACUGAUAUGACAACUGAUGAGUUCCGGCACGAGCUCUGGAACUUUAUUCUCGCCGAGCAUCCUGAUGCACUGGUUCUACGAUUCCUUCGGGCUCGGAAGUAUAACGUUGAAGCAGCUAUGGCCAUGCUUCUCUCUGCAGUCCGAUGGCGCCGUGAAAGGCAAUUGGACAAGACCGUGAUACUGAUAGGUGAGAGUGUUGGGCUCAAGGACGGACCCUCGGAGGAUGACAAGGGAUUUAUCGCCCAGUAUCGCUCAGGAAAGAGCUAUGUCCGUGGCACCGACAAGGAGAAUCGGCCAAUUUAUGUCAUCAAAGUCGGUCUUCACGAUCCCAAUAUGCAGUCAGCAGAAGCCAUGGAGACGUAUAUUCUACACAAUGUCGAGAGUAUCCGAUUCUUGGCCAAGCCACCACAAGACAAAUUCUGUCUCCUCUUUGAUAUGACUGGGCUUGGCUUGAGAAACAUGGAUUUUCAUGUUGUCAAGUUUCUUCUGCUCAUCUUUGAAGCAAAGUAUCCAGAAACUCUAGGCCUGGUUCUUAUUCAUAAUGCGCCAUUUGUAUUUUGGGGACUAUGGAAUAUCAUCAAGGGUUGGCUCGACCCCGUGAUCGCAUCCAAGAUCAAUUUUACGCGCAAGACAGGGGACUUGCUGAAAUUCAUCUCCGAAGAGAAUCUCCAGUCAAAUUAUGGUGGGCGAGAUGAAUGGCAGUACAAGUACAUUGAGCCUGAAGAAGGGGAGAAUGCUAAAUUGUCGGACGGGGAACAGCGAGGGGAGAUUGAAAAGGAACGCGACGAGCUUAUCAACAGAUUUGAGCAAGAGACAAUACAGUGGGCGGCCUUGCCCAUUGACCAACCCAGCAUGAAAAGAAAUGAGACAGCAGUGCUGCUAAGAGAAAAUUACUGGAAACUUGAUCCGUAUAUCAGAUCAACAACAUAUUACAAGAGAGCAGGAGUGGUGGAUACCCAAGGCAAUGUUGACUUUCACGCAGCUAAGUAG